GUGUUUCUUUUAUAUAUGUUUCUUUUUGUAAUCUGUAAAAUCAAUAAAAAUUAUAUUAAAAAAAUAAAAAUAAAAGCCUCCCUAAACAGGGCUGCCUUCAGAUGUCUUCUAAAAGUCUGGUAGUUGUUUUCCUUUUUGACAUCUGUUGGGAGGGCGUUCCACAGGGCAGGCGCCACCACCGAGAAGGCCCUCUGCCUAGUUCCCUGCAACUUGGCUUCUCGCAACGAGGGAACCGCCAGAAGGCCCUUGGUACUGGACCUCAGAAGGGACAGAAUCCCCCCCCCAAGAACCUUAACAGGUGGCUCAGCAUUUUUUCUUUGUAAAUAACUCUCUCAGACUCUGUUGAUGUUUCCUUGUGUGUUUCCUUUAUGAGAGAGAAUUGCCUCAGAGAAAGAUGGCUGUAAGUGGUCUGGGAGUGGGGUGAACAACUGAAUAUGCUACCUUAGGUGUUUCUUUCUAAAGCACAUUGCUUUAGAUUGGGCUGGUGAACCCACUGGUGAUCUUGGACUAAAAUUCCCAACACCCCUAAGGGCAGCGGCUGAAGGGACUUCAAAUCCCACAAUAUCUGGAGGAUCACAGGUCCUCAUCUCUGCUUUAGAGUGUCCUGCGCACUUUCUAGUCAGUAGAAAGUGUUACAAGGUGCUGCCAGAGGCCAUUUUAAUGAUAGUCGUAAAUGCUUCCCUUUGUACUUAAUGCGGAUUCAGCAUCAGUAUGGUCCUAAAUUUCACAGAGAGAGAGAGAGAGAGAGAGAGAGAGAGAGAGAGAGAGAGAGAGAGAGAGAGAGAGAGAGAGAGAGCGCCAAAUGGCUAUAGGAAUAUAACCGUGCCUCUCCCCUUUUAUUGGCAAAGAAUAUAAAUUUUACUACAACCACAGAAGCUCUCACCUGCAAAUUUAACAUAGAAGAUUAAUAUUGAGAAACUGGCUGUUGAGAACAGAUGAAAGAAAGUACUUAUUCACACAGCAGAUUGUUAGGAUUCACUCCCCCAGGACACAGUGUGGGCCAGUCCAACUUGGAUGGCUUUGAAAGAGGAUUGGACAAAUUCAUGCAGGGAGAGGCUAUCAGUGGCUACGAACCACAAUGGCUGGUUUCCACCUUCAACUCCGGAGGCAAUAGGCCUCUGGACACCAGAUUCUGGGAAUCACAGGGUGAGGGGGGGGGGAGAGUGCUCUUGCGCUCAUGCUCUGCUUGCGGGCUGAAGGUAUUCGUUUCUAUCCAGCAACAGGUUAAGACUCAGUCCAAAUAUGUAAUACAAUUCUCUGAAGUAUAUCAGAUAUUUAACACUAAAAGCAUCCCAUAUGAGCUAAUGUGCCCACUGGCAGGCUUCUUAAAUAACUACCCUGGCUUUUUUUGGGGGGGGGGUGUCACUUCAACCAGUGUUGAUGCCUUAUGUGGUACCUGAAGGUUGCUGAAGCUGCAGGCAGGCAUAUAAUUUGUACUUGGGAAUUAGGAUGGAAGGCUUGGUAAAAUAGUGUGAAAGGAGUCCUAGACAACAAAAAGGCAAAGGAGUCCUAGACAACAAAAAGGCCUUGUGACACCAUACACAGACUAGCAAAUUCAUUGUGGCACAAGCUUUUGUAGGCCUGAACCUGCUUAAGUCAGAUCUGGCCCACAAAAUAUAAUGCUUGUUAGUCUUUCUUGAUUGUACAGCAACAGACUAACAUGGCUAUCCCUAUUUUGAAUUCCCAUUGUGCUUCUUACACCAGACACUUCCUGCUUACUUAUUUGUUUCUUCUCAGUUUUUAUUACAGUAUUACGAUUGCUAUUUAAUAUUUGGACCACUUAAUAUAUUUAAAAAAUAUUUCUAAGCAGUGUACAGAAAGCUGAAACAGCAACAGACAACGUAAACAAAAAUUCUGCAAACAUACAGAGUUACAUAUAAAAAUGUUACAUUAAUACAAAGUUACUAAUAAAUAUAUAAAUCGAUUUCAGUUCAAUUCAAUUUACUUGUGAGGCUUUCAGGACUUUUCUAGACAUUUUCUGUGAGCAGUUCAUUGUGAUAUGUGUGCUUUGGCUCCAGUCCAUAUAAUAUUACAACAAUUAGUGUGUUGUCUCUUUUUGUAGAAAGAACAGAGCUGAGCUGUUUUUCGGAGCAUAGCUCCUAGGGCAGGCAUAGAUCUUCGAAAGACAGUUGGGAGCAGUCUUAGCCCAGACUGAGGGACUGGAGCAGAUCUGAGAGAUGGUCCUUUUGAUGUCACCUGAUCUCUAGGCCAGAAGGAGUCCGCAAAUUCCUUCUCUGACCAGAAGUCCUGGUAGCAUAAGGAGCAAGAGAAUCUCUGCCUGAUGUGGUUCAAGCCCUGUGGCCCCAUACAGGUGUACUAACUUUUCAAACUGUUUGAGUGUUGGGAUUCUUCUUGAUGAAUGGUACCAGAAGACCAGGUUGUUCUCAACUGUUUGUCGACUCAAGUUUGUUCAGACUGUAACAAAACUUGCACUUGUCGACUGAGACUGGCUGCUCUGAUCACAUGUAACAACGCAUGUGCUUGUCCAUGCUUUGGCACAUUGCCACCUCUUCUUUCAUAAUACUAGAACAUUGAGCUAGCCCAAGAAGCUGGAAUAUUCAGGGCAGACAAAAGAAAGCACUUCUUCGCACAGUCAGUGUUUGAAAUUAGCCAGGCGCCAGGCACAUGUUGCACCUAGCUAUCAAAGGUACCAGAAUGACACCUGACAUCUUUACCAUCUGAAGAUGCAUGCCUGGGGAUCCUUGGAUCUAGACCAGGCAUCCCUAAACUUCGGCCCUCCAGAUGUUUUGGACUACAAUCCCCAUCAUCCCUGACCACUGGUCCUGCUAGCUAGGGAUCAUGGGAGUUGUAGGCCAAAACAUCUGGAGGGCUGCAGUUUGGGGAUGCCUGAUCUAGACUGUUUUCACACACUAACGACACAUCCUGUAGAAUUCCAUCAGUUAUAUUUCAUCUGUACAAUCGGAACGAAUUUAAGGAACCAAAAUGUGUUUUUUUUUUUGUGCAGCCUGAGUCACCAUUGGGAAAAAGAGGUCAGAUUAGGCCAAUAUAUACGUGGACUGUCCCUGGAUCAGGUGACUUUUCUUCUUUUAAGUUCUCAAAAUUCUUAGCUCAAGGUUGUCAUUUGAACUAGCCAGUUGUUUAAUUGAUAAUCAAUCACAGUCCAUCCAUAGUUUGGAAAUUAAGACUUUAGAGCUGCUUUGCCCCAAAAUGGCAACUAGACAUUCCUUGGUUUCAGAAGCCAUUUUGCGCCUGGCUUAUAUAGCCCGAGUUUCUGCACACAGCACAUAGUUAAAUUAGAACUAGUUUCCACAAGAUGUAGUGAUAUUCACCAAUUUGGAUGGCUUUAGAAGAUGAUUAGACAAAUUGAUGGUGGAGAGGGCAAUUGCUGGCUACUAACCAUGAUGGCUGUGUUCUGCCUUCAAGUUCAGAGGCCACAUGCCUCUGCGUAGGAUUCACAAGUGUGCUAUUGCCCUCAGCUCCUGCUUGCGAGCUUCUCAUAAGCAUCCGGUUGGCUCUUGUGAGAACGUGGAGCUAGACUGGAUUGUGCUUGAUUGCAUUACACUUUCCUCCUCCCAUUCAACAGAAGGAGAGUGUUGUCCUACUCACACAAGUAGGUCCUUCUAGUUCACAGACUUGUUUCUUGUUACCAUUAGGGCAGCAAAGAUGGUUUCGCCGUUGGGCUGCCAACCAGAGCCAGCAACAGUGUAUAUAAGGCGGCGUUAUCCUCAGAAUUCGGCUUGUGGUCUCAAUUUAUAGUGAAUUCUUCACUCUACUUAUCUGUGUGUACUUGACAGGAUGAUCUUAUCUUGAGCUGAAACAGAGGCAAGUUUGAGUCCCUAAUUAUCCAAGGGCUCUUACCCCAUAGCCUCUGAUUAACCUUUGGGUCUUUGUAAAUAUAUUGGAGAUGAAGUGAGUUGAAGGAUUACUAUUGCUUGGUAACUGAUCAUAUGAACAUGAAUAUGGCCUUUCCCCGUGUAAUCCCAUAUUUCUUGUCUCUACAUUUAGGUAGAGAUGCUGCUUUUCAAAAUGCGCUUUCUCUCGUAAAACAGGCAUGCAGCAGGGUUUAUUUCCUGCUUCUCCUAAUACUGUACUUUUCUCUUUGUUCAAACAGUGCUUCUCAGCCUCCCCUUUUCAGAUUUCUGAACUCUGAACGCCAAAUGACCUCUGCAGGUUUUGUGCUCAAGCUUAUCAAAGUAACAAGCUGGGGAUCACUCAGCUAAGCCUAGGACAUUAACACAUUGGAAGCAGAAUGUUAAUGCUUGAUGGGAUGCCUGCAGUCAGAGUCAAAACAGAGCUGCUGGAAUCGGAACAAGGCUCUCCAAACGCUCACAGUUACCCAGAUAUGGAAGCUGUACCCCUUUUGCUGAACAGCAUGAAGGCAGAUCCAGAAGAAGACUCCUUGUCCACAGACCAUUUCCAAACGCAAACUGAGCCAGUGGACUUGUCGAUAAACAAGGCCCGGUCAUCCCCUAUUGCUGCUUCGUCUUCGCCCGUGUCCAUCACCGCCUCGGCAUCUUCUCCUUCUUCCACUUCAACAUCCUCCAGUCGGCCAGCUUCGUCUCCCACAGUAAUAACGUCCGUCUCUUCAGCGUCUUCUGCGCCGUCAGUAUUAACGCCAGGCCCGCUUGUGGCAUCUGCGUCAGGUGUUGGAGGGCAGCAGUUUUUGCACAUAAUCCACCCGGUACCCCCGUCCAGCCCCAUGAACCUACAGACCAACAAAAUGAGUCACGUACACCGCAUCCCAGUCGUGGUGCAGUCGGUACCCGUGGUCUACACAGCGGUGAGGUCACCAGGGAAUGUGAACAACACUAUCGUAGUACCGCUACUGGAGGACGGGAGAAGUCAUGUCAAAGCACAAAUGGACCCACGUGGCCUAUCUCCCAGACAAAUUAAAAGUGACAGUGAUGACGACGACCUGCCAAAUGUGACCUUGGAUAGUGUUAAUGAAACUGGAUCCACAGCUCUCUCUAUAGCCAGAGCUGUUCAAGAAGAGAGCAUGUGGGGCUGUGCCAGGUCAGCUGUUAACACUUUUCGUUUUUUCAACUCCAGUUCAAUUUCGCCGUUUAGUAUUGAGAGCACAAGGCGCCAGAGAAGGUCCGAAUCGCCUGACUCUAGAAAGCGCCGCAUCCACAGAUGUGAUUUUGAAGGGUGCAACAAGGUGUACACGAAAAGCUCCCACCUGAAGGCUCACCGAAGGACGCACACAGGAGAGAAACCAUACAAGUGUACCUGGGAGGGAUGCACCUGGAAGUUUGCCCGUUCGGACGAAUUGACGAGGCACUACCGCAAACACACGGGAGUGAAGCCCUUCAAGUGCGCAGACUGUGAUAGAAGCUUUUCUCGUUCGGAUCACUUGGCGUUGCACCGCCGAAGGCACAUGCUUGUCUGAGAAAGGCUACAUUGUCCCCUCUCCCUACCAAAAAAAAAAAAAAGGAAGUACCAAGAGCUGGGUCUCUUUUAACUACAGCGAAUUCAGCAGGGCUGAAUCCCGUUUUGAUGGCGUUAGCACAAAAGGGGGCGUUCCACGUUGUCCCAUAUACACAAAGAAGCAGGAAGUGUAGUGCCACUGUUCUGUCUCCCAUCUGAAGUCGGCUUUCCAGCAUAGGCAACGUGAUCACCUUCAGCUGGGAGAUGAUAGCCUGAAUGCGACAAGAGUGGGCAUUAUUUUCUAACCCGUGUCCUUUUAAAAGUAUUUAUGGCUUGUACCUUUUCUCACACUUUUUUUUCCUGCUGAAGAAUUACUGCUAUUACAAAGACAUUUGGAAUAUUACAUAAACAUUUGGAAAGAACAGGCCUCCUGCAGCUCCUCUUCACCUGUUUCUCCGCCGCCUUUUUUUUAAAGAUUACUAUCGAAACACUGCAGAAUAUCACCACGCCUGAUUGUCGAGUGAUCAGCAAUCUACAAAGCCAGCUCUAGCGACUGGAAAGAGGAGGGAUACAAACGAAUCUCCUUGAAGCGAAAGGAUUCCUCAGCACACUUAUGCAAUAAAGAUGGCGGUAUUUUUACAUAUUUACCCCUCUGUCAUCAUGCCAGACUCUAGAAGCCACUAAUUCUUUUUUUUAAUCCUUAUUUAAAGUCAAUCUCUGUUUUUGUUGGAAUCUAUAAAACAGGCACCAGUAACAUUUCAGUGUAAAAUAACCCUCUCUACAUCUGUUUGCUUAAUUUAUAACAGGAAGAGACCAUUAAAAUGUAACAUCCUGGCUGCACAGUAGGGAAAAAAAGGUUUGACCAUCCAUCCCUAAAUCAACACAUUAACCCCCCGCAUAUUUACUUGAAAGUGAGUAAUGUUCGAACAUACAUGUACAUUGCUUCAUCUCUCAUUUCUUCCCUAAUCGGCAGGUGUCGACUCCUUAACUGAAUGUGUGAACUGAUUCCAUUGCACAGCAUUGCGGGAUGGGAUGGGAUAAAACCUUCGGAUCUGUAGUGUUUGAUCUGCAAUGCUCAUUCACACAUGCAGGUCCAUCGAGUCGAUUCUACAGCCACCAUGCUGAAUGCACACGUGUGAAGCGGCCCCCCGACCUGCUUGAGGAAUUUACUUUCAGUGUAAAUGUGCUUAGAGCUUCAGUCUCUAAGAAUAGCUGUUUCUGAAAGGGGAUUGAAUGCGUCAACGGCAGGAGUAGUCAGGAAGAAGCUACUUUAAGUUGAUUUUGUGAGGUCUCCGAACACUUGCUGUUUUCUAAACCUAGAACCUCAGUCAAGAAAAUGUCGCUGUGAACAAGUCUUAUUAAAAGCAACGGCUAGUCGGGGUAAGUCUAUUGGUUACGGCAAAACUUAGUCAUUACUAAGUUGAGGCAGAGUGGGCAGGCAUUCCAAAAAUGUCUGGAGAAUGACUAUCUGGAGCCAAAUAUCUACUCCAUGUAUGCCAAGGAGCAGUUUUGACAGGUGGGAUGCACCGAUUCUAGUAACAUUUUCUUCUGGAAGAAAGUAGCUCUCAUGGGCAGAUUUUGCCUGUAAGUUCCCUAAGAAACUAAAGGCCACCUAUCUCGCUCUCUUCCCCUAGCCCCUGUUGAUAACAGAUGAGACGGGCUGCAAAAAUAAAACAAACAAACAGGCAGAAAGAAAAUAAAGCAUUGAGCAGGCCACAAAGCCUGACUUCUCACAGACCGGCUUAAAAUAUUCUUAAAGAUGAUCAUGAUGAUUGUUAUUAAUCUCAUUUCUAUACUGCUUUAUGAUUUUUAAGCGGGAAAAAAUAUCAAAGCAGUUUACAACCUACAUUAAAAGAUCAGCGAAAACAAUCCGGAAUAAAACGUUACUGGAAAAAGUUAAGUACACAUUCAAAGCAACAUGAAUGGGAAACCAAAAUAUAAUCCUAAAGAUUUCAAAAUAAAACAUUGCUAGGUGAAGUCAAAUGUAAGAUCCACAUUCAAAGCAGAGAAUAAAAUAUGAUAAGUAUAGAACAUGCUGUUAUUGAUAACAUACUUGAAAAUAGCAUAUUGGGGGGGGGGCUACAGUUGCCCCUGUCACAAUACAUGCAUUUAGUACCUGCCUCCCAAUUUUUAGCCGAAAGGACCAUAGGAAGUGGGCUUAUCUGAAGGGGAAAUAUGUGGAUGGCUCUCAUCACAGGGCAGUAGGGGACAAAUGGGACCACACUGUAUGUCUCCUGUUUCGAAAGGACUGGUCUUAGUUCCCUCACUGGCACACAGCUUAAUAGUCUUUGGCUGGAGAAGUUUGGUAGUUCGGGGAUAGGAACAUGUGACUAGAAGGUGGAUCAGCAUAAGAAUUGUAAAUCAUAAUAAGCAAGCUUCUACGGAUUGGCCUAUAUGAAGAAUUUAAAUCUGACCAUUAAAACAAAGGGAGAUUCAGGGAGUUCCCUGGAGAGAACUAGGCUUGCUCACUUAUUUAUAAUGGCUUUCUUAAGAAUUAGCCAUACCACAGCUCUGGGUCAACUCAGAUGUCUAAAAUGCUCAGCUGGCAAUGGGAUGUGUCAUAUAUCCUAACAUCUAUGAGUUGUUUCUUGAGGAUGAAAUGUUGCCAAAAGGAGAGAAUCAAAGGACACGGCCCACCAGCUCUGUGUCCCUCACCCAGGCCCACAGCAAUUGCACACAUUUUAUACAAGUGUGUGCAAGUCAUACCAAGCAGGGUACAUACAGAGUGUGAAUUCCUUAGGUCUAUAUGCAGGAGCCAGGCAAACUGAGACACUUCUAAGUGACAUGGGCUUCCAUGAGAAUUAAGCAUGUACUUAACACCCCUAUUCACAUUAAGCAGGAUUAUAAUUGUUUAAUUGUGUUUGGAUCAUUCCCAAAAAGUCGCUCUUAGUGCAGGAUAAAUCAGCCAACCCUUCACUACACGGAGAACAAAAUUCAGCUUAAAAAAAUGUUCAGAGAAUGGGGGGGAUUCCUAGGUGAGCUUCCCCAACCCCCUGUCAUUUUAAAAAAAGCAGUUUUGACUUUGUUAGUGUGACCUGAAUAUGCCAAGAGAUGGGCGACUUUUUGUAUUUUAGCUUUUCCUAACUGAUGCCUAAAUAAAGAUCGAGGUUCUCAUGGUGCAAAGGUAGCCCAAUACAUACUGGGGCUUCCCAUUCCCUUCUGUGAGAAGGGAGACCAUUGAUGUGGGCAACGAUCUGAAAACGCUUCCCUCUGCGCUUGUGGCGCUCCGGGUGGAGGCAAAACAAAUUUAUAAAACAUUUGGCAUAGCAUUUAGCUAGGAAUCUGCAUAGGUUAGCCUCAUUGUGUCACACUGUGAAGGAGCUUCUGUUUAUUCAUGGCUUAUAAACGGGAAGAGAUUUUUAAAAAUGAAAUUGGUCUGUUUUGAGCCACAUUAACCAGUAGGCAAGAGAACUGGCUUCCCCAAAGUGUGGGGAGGCUUAUGUUUUUAGCACUACUAUUAAAAGUAGCUUGCCAUCAAAGAAAAGGGUCCAUUAGGAUUGAAGAAGUUACAUAGACGCAUCUCUUCUCUGUUUAUUUGUUUGUGAAAACAGAAAGGGGGAGGGUUCUCUCCCUUUUCCAAAUAUGCUGCAGUAAUGCAUUCUUCUCCUUAAAAUUGUGCCAUGUAAAUGAUACAUGCAUAAGAGCUCCCCUGUUACAAUGGUGGUGGUAUUCUGCCCUGCCUUGUGCAGCCAUAGCCCACUCAAACUCAUGCAGAGAUCCGUAGAAUCCAUAUCAAGGUGGUUGGAAUCUGACAAUAUUUUCACUAAACGGCAACCAGGCUGAGUUACCUUUCGAUGAAUCCGAUGCUGCUAAGUCUCGUUCUUCUGAGAGAGUGUGAACUGGCCUUUCGCUAGCACGACCCCCGUCAUUUCCUGGCCAGCCUCACACCCGAUGCUAUUCCCACCUAAACCAGCCCAGCAUAUUAUGAACACAGUAGGAUGCAAAUGUGGCGAUCCUGAGCAUAUCACCAUCUCCUCCGACUCCGACGCAAGCGAUCCCUUUUGAGAGUAGCCUUUUGCAAUAUGAGUUCACACACGGAAUUAAGAUGCAGUUGCUCCUUGUGUCCUCCUCUGUUGAUUUUAUUCACUUGGAUAAAAUCAUCUUAUUUAGGUUAAGGUCGAGUGACUGGUGUUGCUAGAGAUGCCAUAUUGAUAUUCCCAUUUGGGGAGUUUUCCUUGAUGAGAUUUAUCCCUUCGGGGGAAGUUCUUGUAUGUCAUGCCUUCCCAAAGCCGUAUUGAAGCAACACACCGCUCCGUGCAAAUAUAUCUUUGUACAAGGGUGUCUUUGAUAAUCGAUAAAUUCUUGCACGAUAAAUAAAACUCAUGAGCCCUGUUAGGUGUUUUUUUUUGGGGGGGGGGGUAAUGGAAAUAAAUACAUCAAAAUAAAUAUUAGUGUAUAAUUAUAUUUAAAACAUUGAUCUGUUCACUCUUUUCACAUAGAAAAUGAUGUUCGCUAAACAUAAGCAACCGCCAGUGCCCUUCUGCCCCCAUGAACUUCCCUACAUGUCCCCACACAAGAGCAUAUGGCUAAUUGUGCGCAUGUGUGUGAUCUGAACUAAGAUCUAGUAAUGCUUUCAAGAAUUUUUAAAAAAGAGACAGACUUGGAAAUAGCUUUUCUUUAGGCUAAAAUAAUUUUACCUUAUUAGGAAACCAGCUUGUAUUACUGUAUUAUGCCUUUGCCUGUGUUUUAUAGAUGAAGAUGUAUAAACUUAAAACUGCUAUAUUUUCACAGUUUCAUUUAAAAAAAAUAUAUCCGUAAGCGUGCAAUGUGUACUCAACCAAUCAUGCCCAUUGGUACUUUUAAAUAUGCUGACAUUAAACCGAUUGCAGUACCAACACCGUUUUUUAGUAUGGACCUCAAUUAUAUGGAUACUGCUUCUUUACAACAAAGAAAGAAAGAAAAUAGAAUUGAAGGUAUUUUACUGUACUUGUAACAGUUUCAAUAUUCUGUAAUAUAUUAUGUGAUAGUGAAGAAGUAUUUUCAAGCUCACAGUUUUUCACAGGAUGUAAUAUAAUUGAAAUGAAGGAUGGUUUUUGAAACAAGCUUUUAGUUGUCAUCACCAAAAAAAAAAAUGUGCUCAGAAAAUGCAUUGUAAAGUUUUCAUAAUGCAAUUAACAAUUUUAAGAGGUGGGGAAGAAUGUUCCAGUUUGUCAAAGCAUGUUCCUGUUGUAUCAUGUGCACUCGGCUUUGUAUUACCUGAGGUUGUGUCACUAGACAAUGGAGUCACUUUGAAUUUCUUUGCAAGCUAGAGUGGGGAGAAGCAAAAUGAAAAUACCAAUGGCCAGAAUCCAAAUAACUGAGUUCCAUUUGCUCAACGUGUUUCAUUUUGGGUUCCUCAACCAGCAGCACAGCCAUGCGGCAUGCUAAACCGCGUUUGAAACUGGCACAUGUAUCCCUAACAAUCCGUAAUAUGGCAUGGGAAUAUGGGUGGGGGUGGUCUACAGUUCAAAGAAAAUAACUAAAAAUGAGGCUGGUU